AUGCAUUUCACAGCAGUGGUCUUAAUUCUGGUCGUGACUGGCAUCGCCAAAGGUUGGGAUUGCAACGCAGGGUGCAACACAAAAAAUGGGUUCUGUGAGAAGCCAGGGAAGUGCAGGUGCAAACCAGGAUGGCAAGGAGAGAAUUGUGACCAGUGCGUGCCCUUCCCCGGCUGUCUGCACGGCACAUGUGAGAAGGCAUGGCAAUGUGCCUGCGAGGAGGGUUGGGUGGGCAGCCUGUGUGACCAAGAUACUCGUAUGUGCUCAUCCAGGCCUUGUGUUGGUAAUGCCACCUGCAUAGAGACAGGAGAGGGGGGAUACCUGUGCAUUUGUCCCCAUGGUUACGCUGGUGAAAACUGCCACCUGAGGAGAGGAUUGUGUCUCACAAACAGCUCUCCUUGUCAGAACGGAGGUACAUGUACGGAUGCCGAUGGCUCUGCAGGUUACUCUUCCUGUUUAUGUCCCCCUGGAUCUUCCGGAGACUUCUGUGAGAUCAGCAUUGACAGCUGCCAGCCUAACCCUUGCAUCAACGGUGGAAACUGUACAAACCACGGCCUGGACUUCACAUGCGUCUGUGCGCUCGGCUUCACUGGUUCAACUUGUAAUGACACCAGCCUCUCGCCCUGCACCGGCAGGCCCUGUGCAAAUAGGGGCACGUGUGUAGGUCAGCCAGACGGAACCUUCCGGUGCGUUUGCCAGAAAUGGUUUACAGGUCCAACAUGUUCCCUGCAGCACAGACCCAAGGCCAGGUCCAAGCCGGUCGCUGCCAGGCCUGUGGACCACAGAGUGUUUGCACUGACUCCGCAGCACUACUCCCUCCCUGCUCACACCUUCCAUAAGCUUCUCAGACCGGCCGAGAGAGACCUGCUCAAGAUCACCCUAAAGGAGACAGUCCACUCCCCCGGCGUCCUCGUCACCCACGGCCAACUCAUCUGCUUUGGCAUGCUGGCCCUGCUCACCUGCAUGGUGAUCCUGGGCACUACAGGCAUUGUGUUUUUUGGCCGCUGUGAGACGUGGCUGGCUAAUGCCAAGUACAGCCAGCUUGUUCGUCAGCAAAGAGAACACCUGCUGAGAGAAGGCGGCACGAGCCAGGAGGAGCCGGGGCACUCAGUAAACAUCAUCCUGCCAGAGAAGAUUAGACUCACCAGCUUUGGGAGACACUACACCUCCAUCUGA